GCUGCUUCAGUGGUGUAAUCACUCCUCUAGUGCAGCCCAUGGUGCAGCCGCAGAGCUGUAAGACGGUGAAGACUUCUCCCUCACAUGCGACAGAGGGCGGAAUAAAGGAGCACUCGACACUCGAGGAAACAAACAAGUAGACUUGAAAGCAGGAAAUAAGAUCUGGGGUCCCGGUCUGGAAAAGAGAUAGAAUACCUCUAUUGGCCACGCCCACGGCACACUUUUGGCCGAGGAAACCUGCUGAGCCUGCCCUCAACACCAGCUUUAGUGGAGACAGUGCUGUACGCUGCAAUGGCUCUGUUGACACUGCACAGGCUCCCAUCCAUCUCCGCCGCUCCUGAUGAAAGCCACCAAAGAAGAGGGAGACUUCAGAAAAGGGAGAGCUUUGCCCUUGUGAAGGGGGCAGUCCUUCUGCUGGAAGAGGGCGACCGGUUGAGCCUCGAUGAAGAGACUUUUGCCACUCCACCGUCUCCUGUGAAGGAAGGCGGUGGAGCUCCAGACAGACGGCGCAGACACCUUCACGCCAUGAUUCAACAGCUCCGACCAGAAGACACCGUGAAGCUGGCGGUGCAGUUGGAGUCCGUCAGCUCGGUCAGAGUCAGGUAUCUGAUCGUUGUCUCCACCCUUGGCAACAAACAAGAGAGCACCCUGCUGGGCAUGGAUUUCCCCAACCCAGACAGCGAUCAGUGCACCAUCGGCCUGGUUCUGCCAGUAUGGAGCGACACACAAGUGUAUCUGGACGGAGACGGCGGUUUUAGCGUGACCACAGCUGAAGAUAUCAGAAUUUUUAAGCCUGUUUCCAUGCAGACCAUGUGGUCAGUGCUGCAGGCUUUGCACGGGUGCUGCGAGCGGGCGGUCAAUGCAGCGCUGAUCCCAGGCAAUGGCCUGGAGUGGGCCCAGCACUACCACCAGCACAUCGAGUCGGACCGCCUAUGCCUCAACGAGUGGGAGGUCUUGAACGACUUGGAGUCGGUCCGCAGGGACAGUUAUGGAGACGGUUCGGCAGAGAGACUUUCCAACGAGGGGCUGAUCAAAGAGCACCUGAGAGACGUCAUGAGGACAGAAGACCUGGACAACCUCACGUCUAAAAUGGUGCACUCUGCCCUAGAGACCAGGAUAGGCUUCGACAUGAGUCCCUUUAAGGAGUACAUCGACAAUGAGAUCUUGGUCACCAUGGCUCAGAUGGACAAACCCUCCAAAAUAUUUGACUUCCUUUACCUGGGCUCUGAGUGGAAUGCAGCUAACAUUGAGGAGCUGCAGAAAAACAACGUGGGCUACAUUCUGAAUGUGACGAGGGAAAUUGACAACUUUUUCCCAGAGUCCUUCACUUAUAUGAACAUCAGACUGUACGAUGUGGAAGCCAGCGACCUGCUCCCUCACUGGACAGACACAUACAACUUCAUCAACACAGCCAGGAAACGAGGACGGGCCGUGUUGGUGCACUGUAAGAUGGGCGUUUCUCGCUCCGCUUCCACGGUGAUUGCCUACGCCAUGAAGCAGCAUCGCUGGACUCUGGAUAUGGCGUUGGCCUAUGUUAGGGAUUGCCGGUCCAUCAUCAAGCCCAACGAAGGCUUCACGAAACAGCUGCAGACUUACAACGGCAUCCUAAAUGCGAGCCAGCAGCGUCACAGCAGACUCUGGAGGCGAAAGUCAAGAGACCAAAGACAAAAGUCAGUACGUGAGGAGGGAGGUGAGGAUGAGGAUGAGGAGGAGGGGGAUGAGGAGGAGGAGGAGGAAGAUGAAGAUGAUGAUGAUGAGGAGGGUGACGAGGAGGAUAUAGAGAAUCCAGAUGAAAAAGAUUCAAGUAGCCCAGAUGAAAAUGAUGAUCCAGAGGGGGACAUACAGGUGUUUGAAGAGCCUACCCCCCAACCUGAGACCAACCAGGGCCUCGGGCCGACAGGAGCCCCUGUUAUCACAAUAAGUGAGCCGCACAUGGUUUCUCCGAGCGUUAAUCGCAGCGGCAGGAUGAACCUCUUCUCCCUCAUGCAGUCCAUCAGUGAUGAGGAUAAAGGACGUGAACAGCUGCCUGGCAGUCCGAGGCGAUCUCCAGUGCAGCGGAUGUGUAGCCAAGGGCGGCGGGGUCUGAUUCACCAGAGAGCGUGUGUGGAUGUUUCACCUGAACCACGGAGCCUGCCGGAUGCCAGUCAAAGCAAACCCUAAACGGAUGGAAGAGCGGGGAGUUACAGGAGGGCGGGGGGGGCCUUAAAAGGAGGCAGAGGAAGAAUUAGAUAGUGUGGGGGGGGGGGGGGGAUUUUUUUUUUUUUUUUUUUUGUAUACACUGAUACGCUUUGGCUUUAUAUUUUAGGUUAUUUAGAUGAUGAAAGUUUUAAUUUAUGUUUCGUUGCAUAUCUCUGUUAAUAAUGUUAUCGCUGAUGGUUCACUGCUGAUAAAAGGAUCUUGCUGUAAUAUUGCUAAACCAAUGAAAGCCAGGAUAUGUGAUGGGUUAUUAUCACUGUCCAUUGCUGUAUUAUUACAUAACAUAUCCUACCACACACAGACCUACCGGUCUCUCCCCCCCUUGUUCCCUCUUCCCUUCUUCAGCUCUCGCAUCACCACUCCAGAGAUGAUAUCUAUGCAAUUACUGUGUUCCUAUUUCUUUUCCUCUAAAUAUGAGGCUGUAUGCUGCCAAUCCAAGGUAGAUGGUUUUUAAAAACAAUUCAUAUUGUCUCUUAUUGCUCUCACGUUAGUUGUGGACAUGAGGAAGUUUUAACUUUAUCUAAGCUGUGAUUCACGGAUCAUGUCGGGGCCAGUUUUAUCGCACAAGCCUGUUUGCCAAACAGUGUGUUCCAAUGUGCCAAUGAUUAUAUUAAAUUAAAAAUCUUUAUCAUGUCAGUACGUUAAGAACCAAUGUCCCCCAUUUUAUUUGUAUUCAUUCUACUUAAACACCAGGGCUGUACGAGUGCCUUCAACCUGAGAAUGAAAUACAACAUAUGAAUGACUGGUGUUUUUAUUAUGAGGUGGUGGCUGCAUAUUGUAUACGAGUCUUGUGCUGUUUCUCUGAUUACAGUAUAAAUGUGACUGCUCAAAGUGUUUGCGUGUAUGCAUAAAUACAAAGUAUAGAUGUAUCAACAAAUAAUUGCCGGGUGCAUGUUUUGUGUUUUUAUACCAACAUGGGAGAGCAAAACGUUCAGGGUUUUCUCAUGUAGUGAUAUAGACAUUUAAUGGAUUGAGGUAAGUUAUUCAAAAUACUGUUUUCAGACUUAUCACUGGAUGCUGAUGUGGAAUAUUCUGUGUUCAUGCUGGUAUUAUUUGUAUCGAGUGAACCCAAGCUAAAGCCUAUUUACUUCAUUUCACCUGCACUUUAUAACCCCAACACACACUGUCCCCACUGCCUGAGUCAACAUCACACUGUACUAUGAAGCUCUCCACUGUCUGCACCUCACUCUUGUUUACAACAAACACUAUGAGUGAAAACAAUAAAUGAUUAUACUCAAACCAAA